UCCAGAUCUGAUGUUUGAUAUAAGCCUUAUAGAUGAUGUUUUCCAAGAACCCAGCUAUGAAAAAUGCUGCCUUUCUCUCUAGCCUCUCUAUUCUAACAUUUAAUCAUGGAGCUUAUAAAUACAUUUCCUUCUUCCUAUAUUGUUUCCUUGCACCUCAGAUCAUCCAUCUCCCCAAAUGACGCACUCCUUAAGCCCGUGUACUGAUGGCAGCCCCUCACUUUGUGGGGUGGCCGUGCCACAACCCGUGGCCAACAGCUGCAACGAGCCCUGCGUGGUGCAGUGCCCUGACUCGACUGUGGUCAUCUACCCUCCUCCAGUGGUUGUCACCAUCCCCGGACCGAUCCUCAGCACCUUCCCACAGCAGAGCACCGUUGGGUCAGUGGGAGCCCCUGAAGUUGGAAGUGGUUUGAGUGGUGCCACAGCUCCUGGGGGCCUGCAGGUCUCUGGGGGUGCCCGGUGGUCUCGGGGGUAUCCAGUUGGGAGCUGCAAACCGUGCUGAACCUGGUGAGGAGCUGCUGGAAGAGGAACAUCCAGGAGAUGCUGAGCAGAAUGUAGACCUGUAGCUAAAGCUCCAGCAUUUGAAAGAAGCAAAGAACAAAGAAAUGCAUCUGAUGUUCCAGUCUUCUGAAGGAUAAGAAUCCAUUCGCAUCCUCCUUAUAUUACCCUUUGCUUUCUUUUCCUUCCUAAUGCUUUCCUGUCUUCCUAAAUGCUCUGUUCUCAGUGCAGUGGACUGAGUUUGUAAUCCAGUAGGACGCCUGUAGGUAUCAUUGUGACAGCAUGUAAGGAUCAGGCAACUAUCCCUUUUUAGCUUGCUUUGUCAGUGCUUUCUGUGGAUAACAAGGUGUAAGGAAGGGUCUUGGAGUCAACCAGCCCAUGCUCUGUGCUAUAUGUCUGCCUCUGCAACAAGGAAACAACGUCAGCUAUUACAUGAAUCACCUCGCAUCAAAUCACAGGUUGCAAGCAAUUUGUAAUCCGCACCAUGUAAUCCACCUCUGUAUGAUCUGCUUCUUUCUCAUUAAACAUGACCUUGCAAUAU